AUGACGGCCAUCGGAGCGAAAAGCCAUCUCCCGCCGCAGCUCACCCUGCUCCAAAGACUCCAACUACUCACAAGAAUCCUCAUCGCCCUGCCUCGUCUCAUCUUCAGGAUCACCCGGGACCUCCUCUUCAAUCACGACUCGGCUUCAUUCAGCACAAUCUGGAUGAGAAACACCUCCCGCGUAGCCGACUCGCUCCCGCACCCUCAAGCCCGCGCUCUCCAACGCCCAUCAGGAAGCACCAUCGCCUCACUCUGUAAAACCUACAGUCUCCGCCAUGAGACCAUCGAACUUGACGCAGGCAGCGCCUUCCCCCUCGCAACCCUGCACUUCAUCGACUGUGACCCCACCGCGCGCAGCCCCAGCGGGAAUGUGCUGCUGUAUUUCCACGGCGGGGGGUACAUUACCCCCCUAUCUACCGGCCACUUCAAGUUCGCGCGUGCAGCCGCACAAAGGCUCACCGCGAAAUGCGUCCUGCUCGAGUACACCCUCGCGCCGGAACUCAAGUACCCGGGCCAACUGGCGCAGGCGGCGGCGGCUCUGCGGUACCUGUUGCAGCACCAUGAUGCCGCGGAGGUAACGAUAGCGGGCGACUCUGCGGGUGGGAACCUCGCGCUGGGCGUGCUGGCGCAUCUGCGGGACCCGCACCCGCUUGUUCGGCCUGUCUUUGAGGGGGAUCUGCGACAGCAGGAGCAGAAGCUCUGCGCGGUGCUCUGUGUCAGUCCGCGCUGUGCGAAUACGUGCGAUGCUGAGAGCUAUACGUAUAAUGCUUCGAAGGAUAUCGUUAGUAGGGCGUUGAUGGAGGUGUUCAAUUCGCACUGGGAGCCUGUGAAGGAGGAGGUGUGGGCGACGCCGCUGGCUGGGACGAAGGAGUUCUGGGGGUCUAUUCCUGCGAAGAAGGUGUUGCUCCUCGCGGGCACGGACGAGGUUUAUGUGGAUGAUAUCCGGCGGUUUGGGGAGUUGCUCGGUUCGUCGAGUCAGGCUGCCAGCACCGAGCUGGUCCUGUGUGCUGAAGAGACACAUGCGCAGGCUAUCCGUGACGUAGCGGUGAAUAAUUGGGAUGGUGUCAUGCUAAAGGUUGCUCUCAACUGGCUACAGAAUCUGGGGACGCUAAAUGACCGGGGAUUACCGCUGCCACCAAACUCGAAGGGAGUUUGCGCGGUAUGGAACGACACUAUCAACGUUAUGACAGAUUCUGACACGCGGCAUGCCCGUUGA